AUGGCUCACUCCAUUUUCAUCUCGUCCCUACUGGUGUGGGGUGUAGCAGCUGCAGACCUGACUUUUACUGUUCCUUCAUCGCCACCGUCUAAUUCCAGUGGGCAACUCUCGGCUGCCCCUGUUGGUGUCUCGUUGGAAUUUUUUACCUUUCCGGCAUAUAUGAACAAUGUUGCGGCAACCACGACCUGUCUCCAAAACUUGAAAGACCUGACAGGAACAUGGCCGCCUCUUCGAAUUGGAGGCACGACUCAGGACCGCGCCACAUACGAUCCGUCGUUGACUCUGGCCGUCAAUUAUACCGUUGCCAGCUCGGCAGAUGCCCCGACUACCCUCACCUAUGGGCCGUCAUUCAUUUCACUGGCUGCAAGUUACGGCGGAGAAAUUAUUCUGGGCUUGAACCGUCGUCUGAAUAAUAUUGUCAACUCUAUCUCCGCAGCUAAGCUUGCUCAGAGCGAAGCAUCCAACCUGUAUGCCAUGGAGCUCGGCAAUGAGCCAAACUUUUAUUCUAGCAGUGAUCCCAUUGCUGGUGGUGCCUCAUGGACUGCUGCAGCCGACUAUGCCUCUCAAGUUACAUGGCAGGAUGAAGUCUGUGGCAACUUAUCCGCAACUGAUCUAAUUUCAGCCGGAGUGUACUUUGGCACAUCGCCCAUGAGUAUCUCCGGGCUGACUGCAGUUGAAGGAACUGCGAAUAACUAUGUCAAGACUUAUUGCUCCCACAAUUAUCCCCAGUCAGCUAGCACUGCCAAUCUCGCGACUCUGAUGGGGCAUAGUAGCAUUGCUUCUCAGAUCAGUGGAUAUUCGUCUGAGAUUACCGCUGCUGCCAACGAGGGCAAGCCGCAUAUUUUCGGUGAAACGAACUCUGCAACCCAAGGUGGCGGUGGUAUCAGCCCGACUUUUGGAGCUGCUCUUUGGAUCCUUGACUACGUUAUGCAGACCAUUCUCAUGGGCACCAAGGCCCUCUAUUUCCACCAAGGUACCAUUGGAAAUUGCCAGUACUGCUGGUGGGGUCGCUAUGACAUGGGCGCCCCCUACUACGGCGCCUACUUCGCAACCAUGGCCUUGGCCAAUGCCGACCAAAUCGCACCACUAGACAGUCAAACCACAGCAUAUGCAGCUUACGCGAUCUACAAGUCUGGUGCCCCCGUCAGGGUCUUGCUGUAUAACUCCGACUACUACACCAGCGGCACGCGCUCCUCGCAGACAUUCGUUCUGUCAGGUCUGUCCGCGUCAAGCGUCACUGCGAAGCGUCUCACGGCUCCGUACGCCACCUCUCGAGUUGAUCAGGGUGGCAAUCCAACUGUUGCAGGUCAGACGUUUGUCAAUGGAACCUGCGCUAUUCAGGGAACGCAGAGUGUCGAAACGGCGACUGUCUCUAGUGGAAAGGCGACUUUCACAGUGGCUGCAUCCGAGGCUCUUCUUGUCUAUCUGUAA